AGAAGGAAGCGGAAACUUUAUGAACGCGCUCUCCUAUGGCAUAAUAGCAAAACAAACCGUGAAGAUUUGAUUGUCUUACGUGAGGCUCUUAAAAUGGAAUAUAAAAAAAGAAUCAAAGAGAGUACCUCAGGAAAACGCAAAGAUCAGUCUGAUACAAGCAGGAAAUCAAAUUUUAUCAAGGAUUGGAAUAAUUUGAAAUUAAGAGUAAGUCAAGCUGAAAAGGAAAAUGCCAAGAAAUAUUUUAUGCCUGACUUUGGCGAUAAUAUGGAUUCAGAUCAACGCUUUACAACAGAUCCUAAAGCUGAUGGUGAAAAAGUUCAGCAGCAAUUUUCUUCAGUAAAAGCUCGAGUAAAUCAAUUUAAGAGUAAGCUUGAAAAUGUUAUACCUAAUCCAGCAAUUAUAACAUCUUUAAAAGAAAUUAUAGAAGAUAUUGAAAAUGAAAUUUCAAAUAUAAAACUUGCUCAACGUCAAAAAUAUGAAAACUUGGUAAAAGAGGAAAAAUUGAGCGAAACUGAAGUGUCGGCUAUUGAAAGACGAAUAGAAACUUGGACUUCCACUUCAAAACCAGAUCAGAACUUAAAGGAGUGUAAUAAACAAAGUUUUUCAAACUGGGAAACAAGAACUGAUGGAUUACUUCCAGAAAUUAUAAAUUAUAAUAAAUUUAUUCAAGAGUCUAAAGGAAUUCGCGGAGGUUGGGAUGAAUAUGACCACGGCUUAUUUUUACGAUUCAGAAACAAACAUAAUGCGAAGAUUAGUUUUGUUGCUGAUUUGCUACCAUCAAUUCCUACUAGGACAGAAGAAGAAAUAUUUGAACAUGAAAAAUGGUAUAAGAAACUGUGCAUCUUAAAUGAUGAAAAAAAAAGAGCGAUUCACUCUUGGAAAAAAAAAAAAGAGGAAGAGCAAAACGAAAAUUUGAGAAAGUUACAAAGAGAGAGAGAAAAAAACAAUGAAAAAGACAUUGAUAGCAUUCAAAAGCAGAAACGAGAGUCAGAUAUCGACAAAAAAUUAAAAAUAAAUGCAUGGAGAAUGGACAAAGAGUUGCAAAGAGCAGAAAAUGAAGAAAAACUUUUAAAAGAGCGCUUGUACGAAGCUAGACAGGAACAAAUUAGAUUGAAUGAGCAGAGAAAAAAGAAAAACCAGCUAUUGGAGUAUAAACAGCAGAAAUUUGAAUUGGAGCAGGAAAUGAAACGUAUCAAAGACCUGGAGGAUAGCGUAAUUAAUGAAGAAAAACGAUUUGAAGCUUCUGAAAAAAUAGCUUACUUUCAACAGAGAGAUAUGAAGAAAGUAAAAAUGAAUGUGGAUAAGAAAAAUCAAUCAACUUAUGAAGCACAAAUAGCUGAGCAGCGCAAGAGAGAAAUAGUUCGCAGACAAGCAGGAGUAAAUGCAUCGCGUGACCCUUCCCGUCUGCUUCAACCAACUAAAAUUUGGGAGGAGAGGGAAAGACAAAAGCAUGAAACAAAGUCGAAUCCAACUGUGAAUUUUUCGAUUCCUCACCGAGCAGUUCCGUCCUGGAGAGCAGGUCUUCAAUAA